GGUGGAUUCGACCGAGAAGAGAGUUGAGACAUACAAUUCUCGGGUGGACCAGAUACCGGGGGACCCACCUUUACUGAAGGGGCCGAAUUCGAAAAGGUACAUCCAAAGGCCUUUUCCACCGAGUGCGGCCCCGAAACUAAUCACGAAGAGGUUCAAAAUGCCCGACAUCCAGAAGUACGACGGCACCACGGACCCGCACGAGCACGUGACCUCAUAUACUUGCGCCAUAAAAGGCAAUGAUAUGGAAGAAGAUGAAAUUGAGUCGGUAUUGCUGAAAAAAUUUGGGGAAACUCUGUCGAAGGGAGCGCUGACGUGGUAUGACCAUCUACCCGAGCACUCGAUCACUUCGUUCGAAAUCUUUGGGCUGACGCCUUCGUAAAGGCACAUGCCGGUGCCAUCAAGGUGCAGGCCCGUAAGGCCGACAUCUUCCGGAUAACUCAAAGGGACGAUGAGUUACUAAGGGAGUUCGUCACCCGGUUCCAGAGGGAACGGAUGGAAUUACCCCCGGUGCCAGAGGAAUGGGUCGCACAAGCUUUCACAAAAGGGCUCAACAUGCUAAGCUCGGUUGCCUCGGCCAAGUUGAAGGAGAAUUUGCUGGAAUACGAGGCCGUAACAUGGGCCGAUGUCCACAAUCGGUAUGAAUCGAAGAUUCGGGUAGAGGAUGAUCAGUUCGAGCUCUCCCCGGUAAAGUUGAAGGCGGACAGAGGUUUCGAGAAGCCGAGGAAGGGGUAUGAAAUGAAGUCUGAGUCAACAAAAGAGAGGUUUCGGCCGUACUCCCACCCGGAGAGACCAAACUCCAGGUCGGAAGGGUCGAGGGAGAGCCCGAACCACCUCUCCGGUCGGGGUAGCAAGCGAGUCGAGCGCCCGUCAAGCAGCCGGGGACUCUCGUUCAGGAACGACGCCGGAAGUCCCAUCAACCAUAAGGGUCCACCGAAGAUUUCGGAGUACAACUUCAACGUCAACACCUCGGGCCUUGUAUCGGCCAUCGGCCGAGUACCGGAUGUGCGGUGGCCGAAACCACUGAGGUCAGACCCGGCACAGCGGGAUCCUAGCAUGGUGUGUGAGUAUCACGGAACCCACGGUCAUAAAACUGAGGAUUGCCGCCAAUUGAGAGAAGAGGUAGCCCGGUUAUUAAAAAACGGCCACCUUCGAGAUCUGUUGAGCGAGCGCGCCAAAAAUCACUACAGGGAGCGGGAAGCUCCUCGAAGGGCCAAACCGGUCGAACACCAAAGAUACGAUCAACAUGAUAGUUGGGGGUAUUGACGUCCCUCGGGAACCGGUAAUGAAACGGACCAAGGUCUCAAUUGUUCAUGAAAAACGCAUCCGAGACCAUUCGACCGGGGGCUCUAUUCUCUUCAAUGAUGAAGACGCGGAGGGCAUCGUUCAGCCGCACAACGAUGCACUGGUAAUUUCUGUACUUGUCUUUAAAACUAAGAUUAAGCGUAUUUUGGUUGACCCCGGUAGCUCGGCCAACAUCAUUCGUCGGGGAGUGGUCGAACAGCUAGGGUUGCUCGAUAGGAUUGUGCCGGUGGCUCGGGUACUCAGCGGGUUCAAUAUGGCUAGCGAGACCACGAAGGGAGAGGUCUCGUUGCCCGUGAACGCGGAUGGCACCAUUCAACAAACAAUGUUCUAUGUGAUCGAAGGGGACAUGAAAUAUAAUGCGUUGUUAGGCAGACCUUGGAUACAUAGCAUGAAAGCCGUCCCCUCAACACUGCAUCAGUUAUUGAAAUUCCCCACUCCGGAGGGGGUGAAAACCAUCCGGGGCGAGCAGCCCGCAGCAAAGGAGAUGUUCGCAGUAGACGAGGCGCCUCCCCAGCCCGAGAAGCCGGCUCAAGAAGAGAAGGGUACAACCGGAGGGCAGGUCCCCCAAUAGCAACUAAAGAGCACUGGACCGGAUCCAGUGUAUGGAGAGGAUGACUUCGGGAUGCCCAGGUCCUUCGUCAUGCCGGAUGACUCGGACGCGACCAAAUCGACCGUGGAGGAGCUGGAGCAGAUCAUUUUGUUCGAGUUCUUGCCGGACAGAAAGACAUGACAGGUAUAUCACCGGAAAUAGCGUCACACAAACUCAGCUUGGAUGGAAAAUUUAAGCCGGUGAAGCAAAAAAGAAGGCCCAUGUCAGAGCAAAAACACGCCUUCGUAAAGGACGAGGUAACAAAGCUUUUGAAUAUAGGCUCCAUCCGGGAGGUGAAAUACCCGGAUUGGCUCGCUAACGUGGUGGUGGUGCCCAAAAAAGGUAAUAAACUUCGAAUGUGUGUCGAUUAUAAGGAUUUAAACAAGGCAUGCCCGAAGGAUUCUUUUCCGUUGCCUCACAUCGACAGAAUGAUCGAUGCAACGGCCGGGCAUGAAAUGUUGAGUUUCCUCGAUGCUUACUCCGGGUACAACCAAAUCUGGAUGCACCCGGAAGAUCAAGAGAAAACAUCCUUCAUCACCCGUUAUGGGACUUACUGCUAUAACGUCAUGCCUUUCGGAUUAAAAAAUGCUGGUGCAACUUACCAACGCCUAGUUAAUGGGAUGUUCGAAGAACAAAUAGGGAAAACAAUGGAGGUUUAUGUUGACGAUAUGGUUGUUAAGUCCCUCGAAACAGAGGACCAUUUAAAGCAUUUGCGGAAACCUUCGAUGUGCUUGUGCGGAUCAACAUGAAACUCAACCCGGAGAAGUGCGCCUUCGGAGUAAGGUCCGGUAAAUUUCUGGGGUUCAUGGUAUCAAACCGGGGGAUCGAAAUCAACCCGGACAAGAUCAAGGCCAUCGAGGACAUCGAGGUCGUGAACAACAUAAAAGGGGUGCAGAAGCUCACCGGACGGAUAGCGGCGCUGAGUCGCUUCAUUUCGAGGUCCUCGGACAAGAGUCACCGUUUCUUCUCUCUGCUCAGAAAGAAGAACGACUUCGAUUGGACACCGGAAUGCCAAGAAGCCCUAAGGGAGUUGAAGAGGUAUCUGUCCAGCCCCCCGUUAUUACACACACCAAAGGCCGAUGAGCCGCUUUUUCUCUACCUGGCAGUCUCCGAGGUGGCAGUAAGCGGCGUUUUGGUCCGAGAAGAAUCAGGUACGCAAUUCCCUAUCUAUUAUGUAAGUAGGACUCUGGGGGAUGCGGAGACCCGUUAUCCCCAUUUGGAAAAGCUGGCGUUGGCAUUGGUAAGCGCUUCCAGAAAGCUCAAACCUUAUUUUCAAUGCCACCCCAUAUGUGUAAUAACCACUUACCCUUUGAAAAACAUCAUGCAUAAACCGGAGUUAUCCGGAAGGUUAACAAAAUGGGCCGUUGAAAUCAGCGGUUACGAUAUCGAGUAUAGACCUCGGACGGCCAUCAAAUCCCAAAUCUUGGCCGAUUUUGUGGCAGAUUUUACCCCGUCCAUGGUCCCCGAGGUCGAAAAGGAACUUAUGCUGACCCCGGGAAAGUUCACGGGCGUUUGGUCUCUACAUACUGACGGGGCCUCGAAUCAUAGGGGUUCCGGACUCGGGAUCGUCCUUAGAACCCCGGACGGGGAGGUCAUCCGACAGUCCGUUAGAACUGCUAGACUGACUAACAAUGAAGCCGAGUAUGAGGCUAUGAUUGCAGGUUUGGAAUUAGCUCGGAGCAUGGGGGCUGAAACAAUCGAAGCAAAGUGCGAUUCGCUUUUGGUCGUGAACCAGGUGAACGGCAUAUUCGAGGUAAAGGACGAACGGAUGCAGCGAUACCUUGAAAAAACCCAAGUGGUACUCCAUCAAUUCAAAGAAUGGGUCAUGCAGCAUGUGCCAAGGGAGCAGAACAGUGAAGCCGAUGCAUUAGCAAACUUGGGGUCCUCGGUCGAGGGGGAGGAAAUCGACCUCGAGGCAACGGUGCGCUUAUCAAACACGGCCAUAGAGAACGGGCACGCUGAAAUAUAUACAAUGGGCUUAACCUGGGAUUGGCGCAACAAGUACAUCGACUACUUGCGUGAUGGUAAGCUCCCAAAUGACCCGAAAGAAUCACGAUCGCUACGGACCAAGGCCGCACGCUUUUGCUUAGUGGAUGACCAGCUGUAUCGACGCUCCUUCCUCGGUCCUCUGGCCAAGUGUUUGGGUCCGGGUGAAAUGGAGUACGUGAUGAGAGAGGUACACGAGGGAACCUGCGGCAACCACUCCGGUGCAGAGGCUUUGGUUCGAAAAAUAGUCAGGGCCGGUUAUUACUGGAACCGGAUGGACGAAGACACGAAAAAUUUUGUCCGAAAAUGUGAGGGCUGUCAGAAACAUGCUCCGAUGAUUCAUCAGCCCGGGGAGUUGCUGCAUUCGGUCAUCUCACCCUGGCCUUUCAUGAAGUGGGGAAUGGACAUCGUGGGUCCGCUACCCCAGGCACCAGGUAAGGCCCGUUUCAUUUUGUUUAUGACUGACUAUUUUUCUAAAUGGGUUGAAGCGCGGCCUUCGAAAAGAUAAGAGAGAAGGAAGUCAUCGACUUCAUAUGGGAUCACAUCAUCUGCCGUUUCGGCAUCCCCUCCGAGAUAACUUGUGACAAUGGUCCUCAAUUCGUGGGUGGCAAGGUCAACAAUUUCCUCGAGGGAUUGAAGAUCAAGAAAAUCGUAUCGACCCCGUACCACCCGUGCGCCAACGGACAGGCAGAAUCCACGAACAAAACGAUAAUCCAAAAUCUGAGGAAAAGACUUGAAGCAUCGAAACACCGUUGGAGGGAGAUGUUACCGGAGGUAUUGUGGGCUUACAGGACCACGUCAAAAUCAAGCACGGGGGAAACCCCGUUUUCAUUGGUUUACGGAGCCGAAGCCCUCAUCCCCGUGGAAGUCGGCGAACCGACCCUCCGUUUCAGGUAUACCACAGGAGAGUCAAACGGGGAGACCAUGGCCGUGAAGCUCGACCUCGCAGAUGAACUACGCGAAAGAGCGUCGGUCCGCAUAGCGGCCCAAAAACAAAGGAUGGAGAGAUACUACAACCGAAGAGCCAACUUUCGGUACUUUCGAGUUGGGGAUUUAGUGCUUCGAAAGGUUACCUUGCACACCAAGAACCCCAACGAGGGGAAGCUGGGUCCAAACUGGGAAGGCCCGUACAAGGUGAUCGGUAUAACGGGCAAAGGAUCGUAUCAAUUGGAGUCCAUGGACGGGCAAAGAUCUCCGUAAUAAUUGGAACGUGGCCCAUCUAAAGAGAUACUACUGCUAAGGUAUGGCCUCCCCAUGAUCUCUUGUUAACUUUUUUUCUUUUGCAGGAAGUCAAGAGCGGGGCAAAAUUAGGAUCUAGAUCUGAAAACGCGUGUUGCACUCUUUUCCUUAGUACGGUUUUGUCCCGAAAUGGGUUUUCCGACAAGGUUUUUAAUGAGGCAGCAAGUACAACGUGUUACUGAACAAAUGCGAAGAACGUAACAGCACUCACCCGACCUCAAGGCUCGGAUCAGU